AUGCACAAACGUCCACGUCUAGUUUAUGUACUGAAUACAGAAACACAAAGACAAUAUGGUGAUCCGUCGAAACUGAAAAUACCACACUUGAAACACAUCGAGUGCAAUAAAUUCGGUCGACAUGCUUACUUUCCAGACAAAGAUUCUGCUAACGGCAUAAUACCGACUUUCAAAGGUGUAGCGUAUCCCGAUGUAAUACCACGAUUUCAUUUACCUAAGAUGCCAUAG